AUGAAUAAGGAAGUGUGUAAAAGGUUCAAGAAUGUAUGGGAUGCUUUUCCCGAUACAUUGGACAGUAGUGGAAAAUAUCAAUUUAAUGAUAAUAAUAAAUUUUCAAAUAAUUAUUGUAAUGAUAUUGAACUUUCAGAUCAUUUAUGUGAUAAUAUUUCUCAAAGUGAUUUGAAUAAAAUAAGUGCUGGAUGUUUAUAUUUGCUGGAUGAAUUCAUUAAGGAUUGUAAUGUGGUUUCCUCUCCUGCAAAAAAUAGCAUCAAUAUGGUUGAUUACAUUUUGAUAUGGUUAAGUUAUAUGUUAAACCUAAAGGAAAGUGAAAAAGACAAUACAACAUGUUUUUAUAGUACAUACAUAUAUUAUUGUGAUAAGUAUAAGACGAAAAUAAAUGGAUUUACUGAUUAUGAUGAUUAUAAGGAUCUUAUAGAUAAAAAAAAUGUGUUUGGUAUGGAUAGUAAUGAUGUAUCUAAAUUUUAUGAAGCAUUUAAAUUAUUAUGUGAAAUGUAUACUGAAUUUGAUGAAAACGCGUCAAAUUGCACAAAAUGUUCGGAAAAAGCUAAUGAAUUUGUUAAAAUACAUAAAGAACUUAAUGAUUCUAAUAAUACUAAAUAUAUCGGCUAUUGUCAAGCAUUUUCUACAUUAUCAAAUGAUUAUAAUAAUUUAAAAAACAAAUAUAAAGGUGAUACCCCCCUUCCAGAGAUAAAUACAAAAGAAACUGAUGCAGAAUGUUCUGAACAAACUUCUAAAAAAAAUUAUGUAACAGGAUCUGAACAAUCGUAUGGAGAAUUUUCUGAGGUUACAUUAUCAGAAUUAUCACUAGUAAGUAAAUUAUUUAUAGUUUUAUCGAUAUUUGGUGCAAUACCAAUUUUCUUGGGAAUUGCUUAUAAGUAUUCGUUAUUUGGAUUUCGGAAACGAUUUCAAAAACAAAAAUUAAGAGAAAAGCUAAAAAAUGUAAAGAAGAGAAUGAAUCAUUAA